GAUGGAGGCCAUUUGGCUCUACCAGUUCCGCCUGAUCGUCAUUGGGGACUCGACGGUGGGCAAGUCCUGCCUCAUCCGCCGCUUCACCGAAGGCCGCUUCGCCCAGGUCUCCGACCCCACCGUGGGCGUGGAUUUCUUCUCGCGCCUGGUGGAGAUCGAGCCCGGCAAACGGAUCAAGCUGCAGAUCUGGGACACCGCCGGCCAGGAGAGGUUCAGAUCUAUUACGCGAGCCUACUAUAGAAAUUCUGUCGGUGGCCUGCUCCUCUUUGACAUUACCAACCGGAGGUCCUUCCAGAAUGUCCAUGAGUGGCUGGAGGAGACCAAGGCCCAUGUCCAGCCUUAUCAGAUUGUCUUUGUUUUAGUGGGCCACAAGUGCGACCUGGACACGCAGCGGCAAGUCACCCGACACGAGGCCGAGAAACUGGCCCUCGCCUACGACAUGAAGUACAUUGAGACCUCGGCACGGGAUGCUAUUAACGUGGAGAAGGCCUUCACUGACCUGACUCGAGACAUCUAUGAACUCGUGAAAAGGGGGGAGAUAAGCAUCCAGGAGGGCUGGGAAGGGGUCAAGAGCGGCUUUGUGCCCAACGUGGUGCAUUCUUCGGAAGAAGUGGUGAAGUCAGAUAGGAGGUGCCUGUGCUAACCGGGAAGUUCCCCCCCCCCCCAACGCGAGGAGGAAGGAGGCUGACUCUUGAGUAGCCCCAACCGGUUCCAUUCUACUCCACAAACUUGGUGGGAAGGCAGAGAAGGUGCAGUUCCCGAGGCAAAGCACCGGCGCUUGGACUGCUGGAGGACAAAAGCCACGAGGAGACUAUAAACCCCCCACCAUGUACGAAUCAAUCCAGAUGCAUGUUAAUGUGGUAGAGAUAAGGCCAGAGGAGUCUGGAAAAACGGGGUAGGGAUAGUCACCAUCAAUGGGUUUUAUGUACCCUGGUUUAAAUAGAUUCAUCUCUCAUUGCUUUUUGCUUUUCUUCUUUUUUCUUCUUUUCUUUUUCUUUUGAAGCCAUAGUCCAAGUCGCCUACAAUUAGGAAGCGUGUUUAGAACAGGAACAAGGGAAAGAGAGAGAAAUCAUGGCUUCUCCAGAAAUCAUCUGCUUGCUACCUUUUAAUGAUCACCAUGGCUGAAAGAAUAAUGAUAAUAAUAAAAGGCUUGCUGCAAUAGAAAUUAAACAAGUUAAAACAUUGCGGAGCCACUAAAAUUGAAGCCAGAAGAUGACCCUUACUUUAUUACUUCCAAUGUUGAUGUUUCAAAAGCUUCCGGGAAUUUGAUAGUUCAGGUUCCACCAUUAAUCUGGAAAGAACUCACCAGUUGAAUGGGUAAGCUUAAUAUUUAUUGGUUCUUUCUUCAAAAGCCUAAGGGUACACCGUGCUUCCCUUCCCCCUAUUUUUCUCCAGAAAAGCAGCCCCAGAAAGGAAGUUGAUGACUGGUCAAAGUCAUCCAUGGUUGAGGGGCACCUGAAAGACCCUGGGUGUCCCCAGUCCUAGCCCAGCACUUCAACCAUUACAGUACCCAUCCUGAUUCUCAAUCCUGAAAGGAUUCCCAAGAGACUUUCUAACUGAGUUCUACGAGUCAGGUGUGCAAUGCUUUCCAUUUAAAUUAAUGUUAGAAUUACACAGUGAUGAGUAUAACCUAUGUAUUUAAUGAUUCCCUCUCCCUGUCACUUAAACCAUGUCCAGUUUGAAGAAAUCUUUCAGUUCUUGCUGGGUCUUUCAUCCAAGAUCUGAAGGAAUUGGCAUCUCAGUUGUUAGAUUUCUGCAAGAAGAGGUAACCCUAUUGAUUUAUUACUAAUAAUGGUUAUUAAAAUACAUGAUUGCAUUUAUAUUCUAUCUUUUCUCGGGGAGUCCCAGUACACUUAUGUGGGCUCUCUUUCCCAAUACCACAAAUAGCAAUAGCACUUAGCAAUAGCACUUAGACUUAUACACUGCACUGUGUGUACCCUUCUCUGGCAAAUUAUUGUGAGUGCAACUGAUGCUGAUUCAAACUGAAGAAUCUUUUUGCAUAAUUAGCAAUAGCAAUACACUUAUAUACCGCUUCAGUGUUUUACAGCCCUUUCUAAGCGGUUUA